AUGGAUGAUGGUAGGAAUAGUUUGACCAGCCCGGCGAGAGGGAGCGGAGAGCAGCAUGAGGAACUUGAAUUGAAUACAUUGCGAAGGAAACCAACUCAGGCCGAUUCGUCAUCCGAUGCGAUUCCUCAAAAUACAGCGUCGAGAGAAACGCACAAGUCUCCCUGGCGAACUUGGACGAAGUCCUUGUCCCCAUUGUUCACUCACCACGUCCCUCUCCGCGCCGCCAGAGACCAUCUUGCCAAUGAACGCGUCUUCCUUGGGUACAUCCGAACGUCUUCGGCCCUCGCCAACUUUGCCAUCACAAUCCUCCAGCUGUACAGGUUGAAGCACGAUCCAGUUCCUCGGGGAAUACUGAGCGACUAUGAUCUGGGAAUCCCAUUUGCGGUGGUGACGCUAGUCAUAGGGGUCGCCAUCACGCUCGCCGGAGCAUGGAGGUUUUUUGCUUGUCAGAGCGCUAUGGCUCAGAGAAAGCAGAUCGCCACUAGUGGGUGGGUGGUGCUCGUCUUUAUGCCGGCUGUGGCUUUCUUGCUCCUUGCGCUUAUGAUCCUCACCAUCAUUGUCAAUCCUAAUCUGUGA